UUUCUUUUCAAUCUCCUCCAGCCUCCCUCACAAGAGCUGAAGAAGAAAACAGAAGAGAACAAAAAGAGAGAUAUCGGAGGAGCACUUCGUACCUGCACAGAUACCAAGGCCUGAUUGACUUUCGGAUUCUUUUAGUAAGACCCUGUUGCUCCUUUUAAUGGGCGCUCCGAAGCAGAAGUGGACCGCAGAUGAAGAAGCAGCCCUUAAAGCCGGAAUAGCAAAGCAUGGGGCUGGCAAAUGGCGCACAAUACUGAAAGACCCUGAAUUCAGUAGUAUAUUGUCUUUACGUUCCAAUGUGGACCUCAAGGACAAGUGGAGAAAUAUGAGUGUGACAGCGCAUGGGUGGGGAUCUAGGGAGAAGGCUCGCUUAGCCCUCAAAAGGAGUCGACAAUUCCCUAAACAUGAUGAUAACCCGUUGGCUCUCACUACAGUUGUUCAGAGUGAUGAAGAAAUUGUUGAUGCUAAGCCUCUUGCAAUUUCUAGUGGAACAUUAUCUACUGCUGGUCCAAAAAGAUCUAUAAAAAGGUUAGACAAUCUUAUAUUGGAAGCAAUAUCCACUUUGAAUGAACCUACUGGUUCUAACAAGACUGCUAUUGGUACAUACAUCGAGGAUCAAUGCUGGGCUCCUCUAAACUUCAAAAGGCUAUUGUCAGCAAAAUUAAAACAUUUGACAGCAAUUGGGAAAUUGAUUAAGGUAAACCGUAAGUACAGAACAACACCAACCUCGGUUUUCUUGGAAGGAAGAAGAAACAGCUCUGGAUUGCCACUAAUUGAGGGAAGAAGAGAUUCAGAAAAAGAUUACAUGCAGAUUUUUACUAGAUCCCAGGUUGAUGCAGAACUGGCAAAGAUGCGACACAUGACUGCAAAGGAGGCUGCUGUUGCUGCUGCACAGGCAGUUGCGGAGGCAGAAGCGGCCAUGGCUGAAGCUGAAGAGGCUACACGGCAGGCUGAGGCUGCAGAAGCUGAUGCAGAAGCAGCACAAGCCUUUGCUGAAGCAGCAAUGAUGACGUUGAAUGGCAGAAACUUCUCAAAUCUGAUGGUCCAUGCAUGACACAGACCUCACAAUAGGCUCUCUAUGCAGCGGCAAAAGAAGAGAUGAAUGUUGUCUAUGUCAUCACUUGGAUUGUGCCUAGAUGCCUCCAUUUCAUUCCAACGUCUGUAAAUAUAGUGAGACUUGUACAGUAAAGAUGUUCAGUAUUC